AUGCCUAAACAACCACUAACCACAACUGAACUAAAUAAAAUAGUAAAGGUUAUCCAAUCUUUAUAUCCCAUCAAAUAUGCUGACUCAAAAUGGGACAAUACAGGUUUAUUGAUAGAUACAAGCGUGCCAAGUCCCACAAGUGCUGCUUCUGAAAAUAAUGACAUCUGUAACCCUUCUUUCAAAGUUUUAUUAACGAACGAUUUAACCAGCAAAGUGUGUGAUGAAGCAAUUUCAAGGAAUUGUAAUUUAAUUUUAGCAUACCAUCCGUUUAUUUUCCCCAGUUGGAAAAAUAUAAGUCCAAACAACAAUCCACAACAUAAAAGCUGCAUUAAAUUGAUUCAAAAAAAUAUUAGUGUUUACUGUCCACAUACAAGCGUCGAUGCUGUUCCAUAUGGGGUUAAUGAUUGGUUGUGCAACAGUUUAGUGGGUGUAAGCGCAGCCAAUAUCGAUGAUGCUGUCAUUUCUAGGACUCAAGUCAUUGAACCUAUUGAUGGAAAUGCACCAGCUACACAUGGGUAUGGUAGAAUUGUUGAAUUGGUAUCAUCUUUGCCAUUGAAUGAAAUAAUUGGUAACAUUAAAAGUGUUUUAAAAAUUAAACAUGUCCAAGUGGCUGUUCCAACUAAUGAUAAUUUUCUGGUAAAGAGAAUCGCAUUGUGUGCAGGCAGUGGAUCUGGUGUUUUCAGGUCAAUUUCCAAGCGUGAAAUGGAUAACAUUGAUUUGAUUUACACUGGUGAAUUGUCGCAUCACGAAAUUUUAAAAUUUAAAGAGAUGGGUAAAGCUGUGGUUUUGUGCAAUCAUUCCAACACCGAGAGACAAUACAUUAAGGAUAUAAUGACUGGUUUGCUAUCCAAGGAAUUAAAUAAACAGAAUAAUGGUACUGAUAAAGAAACGUUGAAUGUCUCGUGGAUCGUUAGUGAAACAGAUGAAGAUCCGUUAGUUGUUGUAUAA